AUGGCACCAUCAGGAAGAAAGCAUGGAGGAAAAGCUGGUAAACCAGCACAGGAACAGAGAGCCUUACCUGCUUAUGACUUCGAGGAAAGAAAAGAGCUAAGUGGAUCAGAGGGAGAUGUUAGAGAAGGUGAAACACCAGUAAUGGACAAGCAUGGAAAGAAGAGACCCUUGGUGAAUACUCAUGUGGUUGCAGAUGAUGUAGGGGGUGAAGUACAGAAUAUGCUGGAAAGAUUUGGAGCUGACAUCAACAAGGCUCUCUUAGCAAAGAGGAAAAGAUUAGAGAUGUAUACAAAAGCCUCACUCAAAACCAGUAACCAGAAGAUAGAACACGUUUGGAAAAUGCAGCAAGACCAACGGCUGAAGCUCAAUCAUGAGUUCUCCCAGCAGUUCCUGAAUUUAUUUCAGCAAUGGGAUGUAGAUUUGCAGAAAGCAGAAGAGCAGGAAGAAAAACUGGCGAAUGUGUUUCGUCAGCAACAAAAAGUUUUUCAACAGGCAAGAAUAGUUCAAACUCAGAGACUGAAAACCAUUAAGCAACUCUAUGAGCAUUUCUUAAAGAGCAUGGAAGAGCUGGAGAAGACCAAUGAAAAUCUUCUAGUUGGUGCACAAAGUGAACUUCGCAAAGAAAUGGCUAUGUUGCAGAAGAAGAUUAUGAUGGACACCCAACAGCAGGAGAUGGCAACUGUUCGCAAGUCUCUUCAGUCCAUGUUAUUCUGA